GAAAGUUCCGUCGCAAAGACGACAAAAUUGGAGGUAUGUGUCGAUAACAGGCGAGGGGGCACAGCUAUCAGUUUCCUUCCCUUGGCCUGCUUUACAUUUCGUGCUAUGGCCGAUUCUAUGCUCUCCUACUGCUACUGCUAGACCGAUUAUUACCCCAACACCACUCCAUCCAUUUCAUUUUCAUUGAAUUCGAAUCGACUUUUGUCCCGCAAUGGCUGUAUCAGAUCUGGUGGAGGCGCUGUCGGGGUCGCCGUACGAGGCGUUGUUCAGGGCGGCGCUGUCGAUACCGCUCUCUCACUAUCUAGUGGGAUUGUCCUUGAUUGUGGCCGUGUUUUUGUAUAACUUCGUCGAGAUGCAUUUCCUGGAGGAUUUUCUCACUGGAUUCAGGGGACAGCCGGUGGUUUUGACUUUCAAUCCCACGUCUCAAGUCUACCGCGAUGUUGUUUCCAAGUGUAGGAUUUUCCGCGGCAGGUAUUUGUCCACUCCAUGGUUGUGCAGUCCGCAUCUUCAGACGAUUUUUGUGCAAUUUUUUGGUAAUCCUCCCGUUGUCAAUUACAGAAGGCAGAUUUUUAUGGCCUCCGAUGGUGGAACUAUAGCUUUAGAUUGGGUCAAGAAUGUUGAAGUUGAUAAGCCUGCACCGCAGGUGAAUUAUUCAUUCAUGCAAGAUGACAGGAAUCCCAUCCUAAUCAUCAUUCCUGGAUUAACAAGUGACUCUAAUUCUAGUUAUGUCAAACAUCUGGCUCAUAAAAUGGCUAAACAUGGCUGGAAUGUUCUUGUGGCCAAUCAUCGAGGCCUUGGAGGUGUAUCAAUUACGUCUGACCGCUUCUAUAAUGCUGGAUGGACAGAGGAUGUAAGAAAAGUGAUUGAGUAUCUUAACUGCCAAUAUUCAGCAGCUCCUAUAUAUGUUGUUGGCACUAGCAUUGGAGCAAACAUUUUGGUUAAGUAUCUUGCUGAGGAUGGAAUCAAUACACCCAUAGUUGGAGCAGCGGCAAUCUGUUCUCCUUGGGACCUUUUGAUUUGUGACAGAUUUAUGAACCGACGACUUGCACAGAGGCUUUACAACAAAGCUCUAGCCAUUGGCUUGAAAGAUUAUGCUCAUUCGCACGAGGCUGUCCUCUCGCGUCUCUUAAACUUGGAAGGUGUUAAAAAGUGUCAUUCAGUUCGAGACUUUGAUGAUUGUGCAACUCGGGUUCUUAGUAACUAUGAGACUGUGGAUACAUAUUACAGGAAUUGUUGCAGUUCUAACUUUAUCAAAGGUGUAAUGGUACCCCUUCUUUGCAUUAGCUCUUUGGAUGAUCCCGUAUGUACAAGUGAAGCUAUCCCAUGGGACGAGUGCAGAUUAAAUAAUAAUGUCGUCUUGGCUACCACAAAACAUGGAGGUCAUUUACCCUUCUACGAAGGUUUAACAGCAAAAAGUGUUUGGUGGGUGAGGGCUGUUGAUGAAUUUUUUUCUGCUCUGCGAUCCAGCCCACUGAGUCACCGUAAAAAGGAGAUUCCCGAUUCAUCUAUCAAUCCUGCACAGCCACCCAUCGAUCACGCCCCAUAUGUCCAAAUUUCAGGAGAUGGUAUGGUCGCAGCAGUGAACAAUGAAACUUCUGAAACCGAAACCCAACACCUGGGGAAAGUGGACGACAAAACCAUGUUUGAAGACGCAACCAAAUCUGAGUCAAAUAUCCUAGAGAAUCAAGAAAGAACCUCUGAUCUCCCUCAGCCCACCGAUGAGCCUAGCGACGUCGCCUGUGCCCCAAAGCACGAUAUCAGUGACAUUACAGCUCCCGUGAAGAGAUCCCUAAAUCAGCUCUGGCGUCAAAACAGAAAAUCGACAUGGCUGCUUUUCUACAUUGCCAUUGUCACCACUUGGCCUGUUGUCGGCUCGGCCCUGUUGGUUUUCUUCCGGAAGAAGUUCAGAGGUUAUUUUUCACCAUCGUCGGUGAGAAGGGGGUAAGCGAGGUUCAGUUAAUUUAUUGUUGUGAACUAUAAUUAGUCAUGUCAUGUCAUGUCAUCCUUGUUGCCAUCAAAAUAGCCGUUGGAGUGGUAGUCGUGUCUAUGUUGUUGUUGCAUAUCAUGAAUAAGUGACGUUGUACCGUUGUGCACAAUUAUGGUAUGGGCUUAGUUUGUUAGUUUACAACUGUAAUAUGUCUAUGACAAAUGCAUUACUUGUGAACCUGUAGACAAUGAAUAAAGAUAACAAAUUCAUUAGUUUGAUUCUCAAGUUUUAUUCCUAA